AUUCACUGACACUCAACACUUAACAAGCACACACAUUCACUGACACUCAACACUUAACAAGCACACACAUUCACUGACACUCAAUGCUUAACAAGCACACACAUUCACUGACACUCAACAUUUAACAAGCACACACAUUCACUGACACUCAACAUUUAACAAGCACACACAUUCACUGACACUCAACACUCACAACCACACACAUUCACUAACACUCAACACUUAACAAGCACACACAUUCACUGACACUCAACGCUUAACAACCACACACAUUCACUGACACUCAACAUUUAACAAGCACACACAAUCACUGACACUCAAUGCUUAACAAGCACACACAUUCACUGACACUCAACACUUAACAAGCACACACAUUCACUGACACUCAACACUUAACAAGCACACACAUUCACUGACACUCAAUGCUUAACAAGCACACACAUUCACUGACACUCAACAUUUAACAAGCACACACAUUCACUGACACUCAACAUUUAACAAGCACACACAUUCACUGACACUCAACACUCACAAGCACACACAUUCACUGACACUCAACAUUUAACAAGCACACACAUUCACUGACACUCACAAGCACAUACAUUCACUGACACUCAACAUUUAACAACCACACACAUUCACUAACACUCAACGCUUAACAACCACACACAUUCACUAACACUCAACACUUAACAAGCACACACAUUCACUGACACUCAACAUUUAACAAGCACACACAUUCACUGACACUCAACACUUAACAAGCACACACAAUCACUGACACUCGACACUCACAUUCACUGACACUCACAAUCGCACAAACACCCCCCCCCCCCCCCCGAAAAAAACAAACAAAACCCCAAAACAAAAAUAAAAAAAAUAAAAAAAUAAAGCCAAACAAACAAACAAAAUAUUCAAAAAAUUUCUUCUGAAAAGAUCUAACCCUAAUAUAAAUAAAUGAUACCACAGUGUAGAAUAGAAAAAAAGAUAGAGAAUUGAGUAAAAUUAUCUUAAUUAAUGUGUAUUGUUUAAAGUAGGGUUUGUGUUUUUGUUGUUUUAUUUAAUCUGAUUAAAAUACAGAUCUCUCACGCAGUGCACUAUUUGAAAGAUAUGUAUUUUAAUCAGACUGCUGUUUGUCUUUUCAAAGUCUCCACUCCGCCGGGAAACAAAGUCGCUGCAUGAUUUACGUUUAGCUGUACGGACUUCUGAGGAGAAAAAGGUGACAGAAUUCCUCACCUCGUGUGAUUCUGAAAUCAGACAACAAACAAAGGUAGCAAAACCAGAAAAUGUAAGGCAGUGCUCAUCAAUUAUAUAUAAAUACCCAAUUCCAUAUCAUACCCCAAAUCAACCCAAGACCCCAGUAUCAGUCCGAGGGCCAAAGGCCUGUGUGUAGUAGAAGAAGAAAAAAGCAGAAAAAGUUCGAUUUUAACCCUUUCUUGCCUAAUUACAAUUUGAUGGUAAAAAACAAGGGAUUUCAAUAUAUCAAUGCUUAAUAAAACUUAAUAAAAUUUAUGGUGAACAGAAAAUCAGUUAUUUGAUAAAGAUCAUAAAUCUAGACGAAAUAAGGUAUAUUCCUUAGACUUUACAUUUUCAAUUUUCUUGCCAUUAAUAUCUCUACAAAUUAUAAUGAUAGCCAUUUUCCUCAUGAAUGCAUUGAAUUGUAAAUGAUGCAUGUCAUCUUCACAAGUCAAGGGUUAUUGAUUCGUUACCUCGCACUAACCCUUGACAUCAGUCGCUAUUUAAAAGUUGGGCUCGAGAAGAAGGAUGACGCAAUACGCUAAAAUUAAUCAGCCAAUGGAAUUUCUUGUUUCAGAUGAAAGUUUGGUAAGGGAAUAAACAGAAAGUAAAAAUUGGCGUCCGUUGACGAAAAGAUAUGUGAAAAACAUCAAAUCGAUCAUUUGACUGAAAACCAAAACUUUCAAUAUCAUGUAUCAGAGAAGGAAAAGAUGUUUUUAUUGGGACUAAAACCGGCAGUGAUACCAGAUUCUGGAUUUGAAGGCAGUGGGACGACACAUCAGAUCCAAGAUGAGGCAGCCAUUUUAGGAGAUGUGGGUGGCGGUCAGUCCAAUGACUCCUCCCAGACAGAAGUGGGCGAGUCCCCACGUUUACUUCUAGUGUCCACAAAGAUCAGGAACAGCAUUUACUUCAGACAUAGCAUCAAACCCAGCGUGAUUUUUGUCCAGUACAAAUAUGACUCCAUGACAAUAGAGGGAAUUCUGGCACUGGUAAACCAGACUCUGAGUGACAGAAAAGUGGACAGUAUAGCUCUGAUGAUGAGCUGCAGUGGUCCGAACAUCCAGAUCUCCGGGAAGGAUGACAAGGUGGUCUCCAAGGACACUGUUUGUGAGAAUCAGCAGAUCAAAGACUUUUUCAUGACCCUUGUGACCUCCCACUUGAACUUUGACACUGACUGCCCUCACCUUGACUUCCUUGCCUGUAAUGCUGUUCUUCACCCGGACGGAUUGGCCAUUUUAAAGGAGCUGGAAAAUCUGGUGAAAGUUAAAGUGACAAUGGCUCGAGACAUCGCUGGAAAUGAUAGCAAGCAGAGUUCUGAAAAUAAAAUAAAUGUAGGUAAACUGUACUUCCGUAUGGAGAAAUUGAGAGGUUUAAGUGGAAACAAUCAGCAGUCGUUGGCAGGAUUUGAGAAAAUACAGACUGUCGGAAAAGGUGCAUAUGGUGCUGCUGUUCUGUACAGGAAGAAAGACGACGACUCGCUUGUCAUCCUGAAGGAAAUUAACAUGCAUGACCUAAAUGCUGCGGAGAGACAGCUAGCUCUGAAUGAGGUCUCUAUCCUGGCCAUGCUGGAUCACCCAAACAUCAUCAGCUAUUACGACAGUUUUGAGGAAGAUGGGGUUCUGAUGAUCGAGAUUGAAUAUGCUGAUGGAGGAACUCUGGCCCAGAAACUGGCUGGUAUUGCUGCCAAAGACAAGAACUUGGAAGAGAAGGAGAUUCUUCAGAUCUCUCAGCAGAUCGUAGCGGCCAUCAGACACAUCCAUGAACACAACAUACUCCACAGGGACCUGAAGACGGCCAAUAUAUUCCUGACCAAGGAGGGAGUGGUGAAGGUCGGGGAUUUUGGGAUUUCUAAGAUGUUGAGCUCUGCUAACAAGGGAGCUAACACAGUUCUGGGAACCCCUUACUACAUCAGUCCAGAAAUGUGUGAGGGUAAGCCUUACAAUGACAAGUCGGACAUCUGGGCCCUGGGCUGUAUACUGUACGAAAUGGCAUGUCUACAGAAAACAUUUGAAGGAUCCAACCUACCAGCACUGGUCAAUAAAAUAAUGAAGGGACAGUUUGCACCAGUGAAAGGAAACUACAGCGAAGAGUUUAAGUCGCUGAUUAUGGAUAUGUUGAAGCAAGAUCCGGACGAGAGACCAUCAGCCAAUGAAAUCAUGUAUACCAGGCUGCCCGAGCUGAUGAACAGCUUUGAGGACCCAGAUUCGGAGGAUGAGCUUUCUUUGUGUCAGGGAAAUGUUAAUGACCCCAAGUCCAAGAAAAAACUCAGGUCAGUGUUUUUCUACUUUGAGAGCUGCACGGCAUCCAUGACUCCGAUUGAACUUCCUCCCAAGAUCAAAAUCAGACACGCUGCAGUGGGAGAAGAUCAUGUGAUUGUUGUAACCACUGAAAAACAAGUGUACUCCUGGGGGUCAGGGGACAAAGGUCAAUUGGGGCACGGAAAUACAGAGAGUAAAUUCAAACCAGAGGUUGUCCAAUCACUGAAUGGGAAGUCUAUUUCAAGAGCGUGUUGUGGAGAUGGGUUCAGUAUAUUUGCCAGUGACAAUGGGAUUGUUUUAACUUGCGGGGAUGGAUCCAAUGGCUGUCUGGGCCAUGGAGACACCCUGUCCUGUUAUCGACCUCGACUCAUAGAAACACUUCUCAGUUUGGAUGUGACUGCCAUUUCCUGCGGGAGUAAGCAUGUUGCAGCGGUUGGGAGUGAGGGAGAGGUCCUGACCUGGGGGUGUGGGGCUGAUGGCAGACUGGGGCUGGGGACAGAGAAUGACCACUGUCAGCCACAGGAGCUGACCAUUGAGGAGCCAGUGGUCAUCAGGGACGUAUUCUGCGGAGUGGAUGGCACCAUGUUUUUGACGGAUGUUGGCAGUGUGUUUGCUUGUGGUAGUAAUGCAGAGAAUAAGCUCGGCCUCAACAACAGGCAGGGGUUCAUCAUGGCCAUGAAAAAUAUCUUCACAAAGACAGAGGUGGAAGGGGCCACGAGCCCCACCCCAGUGAGAGCCCUGGCCAGGCAUCGAGUCCUGGACAUAUCGAUGGGGACGUGUCACACGGCUGUCAUCGUGGAGCCCGGCCACAUCUACACGUUUGGUAAAAACAGUGAAGGACAGUUGGGGAUUGCAGACAUGAAACCCUCCCGGGCCCCGGUGGAGGUCAAGGCCAUGCUGGAGACUGUGGUAAACAGAGUGCAGUGCGGGGAUCAUUACACAGUGUGUAGUACCACGUCCAAUGAACUCUAUUACUGGGGACUCCGGAAAAAGACGCCGGUGUCUGGGAAUUUACAGGAUAAUGAUUCCAAGUCCAGCACCACUGAUAGCUUUGUCAACAACAAUGACAUGAGGUUAGAGAGCGUGACCCCAAGGUCAGGGGUCACUAAAGCUCACUCCCGACAGGCCAGCCUUACUAGUGUGGCUAGUGUCACUAGUAACAGGGACUCCGUACACGGGUCCCAGUCAUCAGUCCAGGGAGAAAUUGAAAAAGAGGCUGUCACUCUGAUGAAAAGCCCUGCCCACAAACGUCAGACAAGCAUUGACAGUGUGACUAGUAUUGCCAGCCUGACGGACAGUGGUCUUCCCAGCUCCAGUGGCAAUGACCCCCAGGAAGCAACCCCUCAGGGACCGAUGGGAUUUAGGCCACUCAGCAGUGUAAGAAAGAGAACGUCCAGUGAAGGCAGCCUGAAGCCGGAGUCUGACCAAACUCAACAGGACAACUCAGAAAUCAUCUACCCUCCCAUGCAUUUGAUGAGAAUUCUUAAGUCAGGAGAUGAGAUGUUGGCCAUCAGUGGCUUUUUCUGCCAUGGAGAAAAUAUAUUCAUUCAAAUGGAGACCACAGCUCCGCCUCCGAGACGAAAGAAACGUAAAAAGAUUGGAAUCAGGAAGCGAUUCAGUGGUAACACACUGAAUGUGCCAGCAGAGACCCAGGCCCUGUACACUGCCUCCAGUAGAGAGGGCGGGGACGAAUACUCAUCAGAAGCUUCAGAAAUCGACACGCAGGGCACGGUACCAACCUGGAUAAGGAAUGAGUUUAGAUUCAGUGGACAAGAGUCCAAAGAUGAUGGCAAUGAGGCAGACGACACAAGUGACCAAUCAGAUGAUGCAUUACAUAGAAGAGUUGUUGACAGUUCAAUGUCUAAUAUCCAGAUCAACAAAGACUUGGCUCCUAAUCCGGGGAUCAUAGAAAUUAGCCCAAGAGACAAAAAGAUCAAAGACCAGGCCAAGACUCCAACUGCAUCUAAUACGUCCAAAUUGGUGAAGGUCCAGGAUUUUUCUCGUCGGUCGAUAUCUACUAAUAGUACAGAGAGUGAGAUUGACUGCUCCACCGAUAACGGGAGUAAGAGGGUUGGUGACACCGCUGGAGUUAGGAAGAGUCCCCAACCCACUGCAAAGAAACCGCCACAAAAUAAACUACCCCCUGGACCCCAGCGACCUCUGACCCGUGCCAAAGGUCAACCAAGGACGAGAGGAACUGAUUUGUCUUGGAAAGAAAAGCUGGCUGCUCGUGGUUUUGUCUCGGAUGUCACCGUUAAAAGGAAGCAAGAGGCACUACAGAAUGAGUUGGAGAUUACCCGGGAGGAGAAGAAGAAAGCUGAGGAGAGACUGAGGAUUAUGGAGGAGGAACACAGAUAUCAGAGAGAGAUGGAGAAACGGGAACUGGAGAGGAAGGCUCAGGAGAGAGAGAAGAAUUUGGAGGGUCAGAUACAUUUGCUCAAACAGGAACUGCAGUCACACUGUUCCAAACUUCAGGAUAAUCAGAAAUUGCUCAUCUCCCUACAGAGUGAACUCGCUAAAGUGAAGGGUAGGAAGUUCUCGAACCCGGAGAGGGACAGUCGCGUGUGCUCUGUCAUGUGAUUUUAACGAGAAUGUAAACUAUUAACAUAAAGCAGGUACAAUAAUGUGUUCACAAACUGGAUACACGGAAUCCAAAUUUUGGUUAUUUAUUCUAUUUUUUUUUAAAAUUUUUUGUUCAGUGUAUGAUAUAGGAGAGUUAAUUCCCUUUACAAUCUUUUUUGCAUCAGAUAUUUUUACAUUUUUUUGUUCUGGACAUAGUAAAUCAAUAGUUACUUCGGUCAGGUUUGGUUGACAAAUGACAAAAAUAUAUUUUGAUAUUUUUAGAACACAACAUCUCCUGACUCUAAUAUCUUCAUUAAUUUACAUAUAUAAUUUCAUUUCUUUCACACAUUUGUAAUUAGCUCUUGCAUUAUGGAUUUGUGCAGUAUUAUCAUUUGUAACACAGGGUAUUUUGUUUUAUUAUUCUUUCAUGUAAUUUAGUGGAAUCUAAUAGGUCUAAAAGCAUUUGGAAAAGCAUAUUGUUAUCCUCGGAAACCACACCCUCAGGCGUGCUAAUAUUUAGCAACGGGAAGCAUUACUUAAUGGGUGAUAUUAAAAGUAUCUCAUUUGCACAGAUUGUGCAUGUACGAUUCACAAUAGAUAGAUGGCAAAACGAAUAUUUGCAACCGUAAAAUCAACAUUAACGGUCGCAGAUAACAAAAUUAAUGAGAAGUUAGGUAUUCCCAUUCUGAUGUAAUUUCCCUUGAUCACAAUUUUGUUAUAUGAAAUGUGUUAUGAAAUGUUUAUGCUUGACAUUAUGUUUUUGCGUCCUAGCUUCUAUCAUGAUGUCACAAUUUGAAAGAAACCCCAUUGUUUUGCUUUGUUUAACUUAUAUAUCUGAUAAAGGCAUGACAUUCAGUACUAUAAAUCAAAUAUUGCAUGUAACUGAGGGUAACAUUUAAAAUUUUCACCCCAAGAAGACCAUUAAUUGUCAACCCCAGCUGGGCCUCGGUUGAUACUGGUUUUGUUUUUUGGGGUAAAAAUUUUCACUGUUUACCCUCAACUACAUGCACAAUCUAUACAGUAUUACAUUCCAUAUAGAUUUCAUUUUGAAGUAAUUUUACAAGCAAGUGAAAUAAAUAAUGCAUAGAAAUCUUUAUGCAGUAAUUUAUUCAAACAUUCCAGACAAAUUUGUAGUAAUUAAGUUUUCAUAAUUAUAAUAUCAUUGAUAAUUAAUGUAAUAUUUUGAACUUUUUUUUUUAACUUCUGCUUUUUGCAAAGUUGAAAAUGUGAUCUCAUUUUUAUAUUGGAUUUUUAUUUGAGAUAUUUUGUGAAUGCAUAACUCCGUCCAUAAUUUUUUUUUAUACGUACGACACAUUGUAUAUGAAAUAUAUUUCACUGUGUCAAUUAUUGUUUCAAGAAUUCUAUUAAUCAAUGAGAAUUCUUCUAUUAUUUCCUCAAUAUUUAUUAGUACAUAUAAGGUGUUUCUGAACAGAAUAUUUAUCUUGUUUUCUCCGAGGGAGCCUAAAAUCCUCAUUUAAGUGUUAUUUAUUUUUAACCUGUGUUGCUGUGGUGUUUUGUUAUUUCAUUAUGUAUAUGUAUAAUCGUUAUCAGUCUAAGAGUAGAUAUGCGAUCAUUAUACCUGAGUGACAUCAACUCCGCUGGAGUAUACACAAUAGGCUGCGUCGCAGUUAAAUAGUUAAUUUCACUCUAUCUUAAUUAUUUUUAACAUUUUUUACCUGUAUAAUAUUGUUUUACUUAAUGUACGGCGCCUUUGAUUGCAUUUUAUUGUAAAAUUUAUAAAAUGUUAAUGAUAAUAUGAUCCUAAAACGAAGCCCAGUAAGAUGUGUUUUUACUAUACAGCAGGGCUACAGGGUGCUUAUCAAUGUUUGAUAUAAGAAGCCCCCCCCCUCCCCCUCCCCCCCCAAAUGAACAAAAUACAAGGACAGUGUCUUUAUGUACAUGUGUGUUUAGUUCACAAUGCGUAGAUAAACAUCCAUUGUCGUUGGAAAUAAAAUGUAUAUGCACACUGGAAAAUGAAACGUUAUACUGUAUAGAGUUCAUUUGGGAAUACUUUUGAAAAAUAAAAAAUAAACAUAUAUGACAUUCU